AUGAAACCAACUUUAGGCAGAUACGAUUCCAUUCUGCAACUAAAGAUAGCAGUUGAUGAAGCCUCAAAAGCAUAUGACAUCUCUAAUGAUGCAUUCAAGGAAGCACAGCGACGCUAUCAAACUGCCGUCGACUCUCGCGCCAUGCUGCAACGCGAGCUUCAGUCACUAUUAGCUAGGAAGGCAACGUGGUCAGAAACGGAGAUUUCCAUAUUUACGUCACUUUACAAGGACGAAAUCCGAGCAGAUUCCUUUGAAAAGGAUGCAAAAUUGGCCGCUGAGUGUGCUUCUCGCACAGUCGAUGCAACGCAUGCGCUUCUGGUACAGGCAAUGAAGGAGCGUUACCAAGGUGAGCAGACGUGGUCUGAUAAGAUCCGUGCGCUUUCAACUGCAGGCACCUUUUCAUUGAUGGCACUAAAUAUUGUCAUUUUCCUUUACAUGCAGAUGAUAUUGGAACCAAAGCGGCGUGCUGCCCUCAUUCGCUCAAUCAAAGAGGACUCUCGCCAUGUUGUUCCUAGUGUUUUAGAAAGCCAGCAGGAAGCUUUUGCUGUUGCGGUGAUGGAAAAGUUGGACAGGCUUGAUGGGAUCCUUGCAGAAGCAGCAGGAUCUCGAUCAUUGAGAGAGUUUCAACCCACCGUCGCGGAAGUCAGGGCUCCUAUGGUGGAGCCUCAGCCGUUUGCAAUUAACGAGUACCCAAAGCGGGCCCUUCUUUUUAUGGCAGGAUCCGCCCUCGUGUUUCUCGCGUCCAGAAUUGGUAUUAUUGGAUAG